AAGGAUUUAAAACUAUAUAAUCAUCAUGAAGCUCAAAUUGAAAUGCUUUCUACUCUUAGUCAGAAAAUAUUUCAAGAACUCUUGAAUGAUAAUUUAGUAAUGAGACGAUUGCAACUACCAUUGUCUUCGGAUAAUGAAAAUAUUAAA